UUAUAAUAAAAACGCAUGAAAUUUAUACGCAUAUGUUAAGACAUCUAUGACUUAACAAAUUUAAUUUGUAGAAAGGUGUUAAUGAUUUUAUAUUAUUUGAUUGGACUAUUUUCAAAAUAAAUUCUACGUCAAUGAAAUCAAGUUAGUGCAGUUAAUCUUUAGCUUUAGAGGUAGUCUAUACAAAAAGAACGAAUGAUGAAUGUUUUUUUGUUAGUAUUUGGAAUUAUUGACUUCCCCAUUUACCGGGAACAAGAAAAUUUUUUUCAGUUUUUGAGGAAUAUGGUACCAAUAAUAUUAGGUAAAAAAAUUACUGAUUCAGAAUCUUUGGCGCGUUUGAAAGUUCCCAGAGCGAAAUUAAAGUUGAAAAGUUGUUUAAGUAGGUAUAACAUAGACGACAAAGUGACCAAAAUAUUAGGAGGUUAUACUAUCGAUUUUGGUGAAAUGUUGGAGGAAUUUAGAGUCCGUCUUUUAGACCGUACUACAAAUAAAGAAGAUGUAAAUAAAAAAAUGGGUGAUUAUAUUUGUAAGAAGUAUAAAAAAUCAAAACUUGAUUUGCAUGGUGGUAUGGAAGGAUGCUUACACAAAGUAACUUUGUGUUCGACUAGAUAUCAAGAAUAUUUGACUAAAGAAAAGAUACCGAUUUUGAAGAAAGUUGCAAAUGUAUUUAAAACCAGUGGCUCUUAAUAUUAAGAUAAUUACAUAAAAACAAAAAUAUGAAGGUAUAGCGGUUCAUAGUGUCAAAAAUGUAAAUAGAAGACUUGGAGUUACAAAAUGUAUUAAUUUUAAAUAAAACAUUAUAAUUUUCUUGAA